UCAAUAAAAGUAAAAAGAGUCAAGUUAUUUUCUUGCCGAAUCGAAUGAUCAAUGUUACGCUUUUGAUCAUAUUAAGAAGAAGAAAAUGUUUAAAUUAUUUUCUUCGCUGUCAUUAAACCAACAUUUUGUAUCAGGAACAGUACGAAGUGUGUCUACAUAUGGCGGUCCGUUGUUAUUCCGAUCAUCCGCUCCAAUGUUUGCAGAACCACUGAAGAAGAAAAAACGUUUGGAUCCACAAAUCUUGAAAGCGAGAGAAGAGAGAAAACGUAAAAAGAUUGAGAAAGCCAUAAGAAAAUUAGAAAAGGUAUCAAAAACAUUAAAACCUAUUGAUGAAGUUCAGUUAAUGGCUUCACUUGCUAAUGAAUCUGGAGAUAGACGAAGGCCAUCUAUAAGUCAUAGCAAUGAAAAACUUGAAGAGCGUAUAAUGGCUUCAAAAACUUGGUCAAAAUAUAAGCACGAUGAACAUUUUUUUAACCUUCAAGUAAUAAAUGAUUUAGAGUAUUCACAACAGCGAGCAUUAAAUGAAUUACGUGAAGUUUCCGAGGAACUUUAUCAAGCAGCCAUUGAAAUUGAUGAGUCGUUGUUACCGUAUAAUUUAGAAGGACCCGUAGAAACUCCUCCAAUUGAAAACUAUCAGAGUCCAGAUGGCGAAUACUCCGAUAUUUCAAAAAAAUGGGAGUGAAUAGUAUUAAUUAUUAAAUUCACAUUUUAUAUUGUCAAAAAUUAAUUAA